CCAUGCGUACACCGUGUUCGCAUCAUCCGAAUGUACCUAAUUUCGCGGGAAAAUUUGCUGCAAAUGUUGACAGUACAGUGUUGAAUUAACUGGAUACAGACUAUUUACACGAUUAGUUAAAUUCUGUUAUUUGGAUAGAUAUAACUGACCUGAUACUCGCAGAAAAAAAGCCAUGUGAUGUUUGGAAUACGAACAGUUUGAUAUGCACCGUUUCGAUGAUGUUAUCGUAAAUAUUUAUUUCUAAAUAUAAAUGACGGUUGCCUUGAACAAAUAUAAUUAACAACAAUGAUCAUCAAACUUUCCAAAAUAAUAAGUUGUUCAUCGGAGCACGCAUCUUAUCCUGCAUCCAAUCUUCUGCAACAUCGCUCGAACUCUUCAUGGAGAUGCGCGAAACCAGGAGAGAUGCUUGCCACAGUUAUUUUUCAAUUAGUCGAGCCAUCUUGUAUCACAGGCUUGGACAUUGCCAAUUAUCGUAGUUGCGUUGUAGUAGUUACUGCUUCUACAGCCGCAGAACCCGAUAAUUGGGUACCCAUUGUAAAUCAUCAAUUUCUAACGAACGACGAGGCUGCCCACGGCAAGUUCAGAGAUCAAGUACAGAUCUUCACGAAGAGGGAAUUAAACCCGGAGACAAUUAAGACAAAGUUUGACCGUGUUAAGGUAACUUGUAUGCAAUCUGCCAACUUGAAAGAGUUAUUCGGAUUGACUUUUAUUAUAUUCAAAACAGAAGUUAUAGUUGAUUUGGGAUUAGAUGUUUUUGGGAGGUUUAGAUUGAAACAGACAGAUGGAGAUAGUAAUAAACCCGCUGUGGAUAAUUUUAAAGAGAAAUACCUCAGAAUGACAGAGAAUAAAAAGCCAGAUUAUAAAGCUGGCUUGCUUGAAAAAGUUAAAGAGACUGGUAUGAACAAUUUCUCAAAACGUCAAGAAGAGAAUAGGGAACCGAUGAAAAGGCCAUUAUUGGAGAAACUGGAAGCUGGGAAAGCCGACGAAGUAUUUGGAACUAAAAAACGAGAUACUAACAAUUCAGCUUCAAUAAAUGCAAUUAAGGUUAAAGAUAAGAAAGAAUCAACUGAGGAACCAGUGAAGAGAACACCAUUUGGUGAUAUUGUACCUGCAAAAAUACCUAAACCAGAUAAAAAGGAUUCAAACAUAGAAAAUAAAAAGCUUAGUAUAAAUUCGAGAAAACGCUCUUUAAGUCCUGAAGCAAACUCGUCGAAGGAAAACAUAAUUAAGAAAAAACAAAACUGUUUACAGUGCCAAGGCAAGGAAGACAUGAUAUGUAAAAAUUGUGGAAGAUUACCACAACCUAAGCCGAUUCCAACACCAGAAAGAGCUGCAAAGAAAAGAGAUAUCAAACCACAAAAGCCAAAGAAAUUAUUCUCAAAGCUUUUUGAAGAUAUCACGUUUUCCCUUAGUGGAUAUGUUAAUCCACAGAGAGAUGAGAUUAGAAGAAAAGCCUUAAAAAUGGGUGCAAAAUAUGUUGCUGAUCCUAAUACCACAAACAGAAAAUGUACUCAUUUGAUAUGUGCCUUCAAGAAUACACCUAAACAUCAGCAGUUAAAGGGUCACACUAAAAUUGUUUCACAUGCUUUUAUUGAAGAUUGUUUUGAUGAAAAAACAAGAUUUCCUUGGAGGCGAUAUGCUUUAGACAACAAGGAAAAAGAUGAAUCAGGAAGCGAAGAAGAAAUUAUGGGUAGCUCAUCACCGCCAAGAGUAUCCAAUAUGUAUGAAGAAGAAACUGACUCUGAUUCUAAUCACUGAAUUCAGAAUCUUGUAUAAAUGUCCCUGCAAAUGGAUAUUGACUGCUGGCAGAAUAUUCGAAUUAACGUGUAUAUAAAUAUAUACUGCAUACACAUAUUUUGUAUCCACGUCGCGUAGUUUGGUACGAGUAUAUAAUAAAUUCCUAUUUCCUUAAAUCCU